CCAAUUGCUGGUUCUCUUUCCUUUCGUCAUUCGCCGGAGCACAAGUUUCGCAUUGUGGCAAAAGUUUUUCAUUCACCAGAAUUGCUGCAAAAAUAAAUAGUUUUUUGGUCCGAAAACUAGAGUAAUUGGUACUUAAAAGUGCUUCGUUCCUUAGAAAUUAGUACAGAGACAGUAAAAAUAACGCAAAGUGUGGAACCGUCCUGAAAACAAAAAACAUGGAAAACCUAACCAUUAAGGAACUGUACACCUCGGAGAAGCGCGGCAACGACGAGAGCGGCGAUGGAACCGCUGAGAAACCAUUCAAAACGAUCCUGCGAGCGAUGAAGCACGCCGGUAAGGAACCCUUUCCAACGAUCUACGUAGAUGCAAAGGACGUCAAGGCGGAAUCACCGUACGAUGUGGCGGCAAAGUCACAGCUGAAAAAAAUCCAGAAACAAUGGGUCCGGGAUGGAUUCAAGAGCGCCGAUAAGGAGAAGCGUGAGGAGGAAGAUGCGAAAAAACGCGAGUCAAAUCUUGAGGAAGCGAAGAAAGUUAUCAUCCAGGAGGAUCCCAGCUGGCCAGCUGCGAAGGCAAUUAAAAUUAUUCACGGACAAGAAAACCGAGGAGUUCGGGUGAAGAUCUACGGUUGGGUUCAUCGCUUGCGUCGGCAGGGAAAAGGUUUGAUGUUUAUCACGCUACGUGACGGAACUGGUUUUCUGCAGACCGUUCUGAGUGACGUUCUGUGUCAGACUUACAAUGCACUGGUUCUUUCGACCGAAUCGUCGGUUAGACUUUUCGGUGUGCUUAAAGAGGUUCCUAAGGGAAAAACAGCUCCUGGGGGACAUGAGCUACAUGUUGAUUAUUGGGAGCUGAUAGGACUGGCCCCACCCGGCGGUGCGGAUUCGAUCUUGAACGAAGAGGCUCAUCCGGAUGUCCAGCUGGAUAACAGACAUAUUAUGAUUCGAGGAGAAAACACUUCCAAAAUUUUGAAGAUGAGGGAUGUCAUUAUGAUGGCAUUCCGUGCGCAUUAUCAUGAUAGGGGAUACACUGAGGUGACACCGCCAACAAUGGUGCAAACGCAGGUUGAGGGAGGUUCAACACUGUUCAAAAUGGAUUACUUUGGCCAGGAAGCAUUUUUGACUCAAAGCUCUCAGCUUUACUUGGAAACUUGUAUACCAUCGCUGGGUGAUGUUUAUUGUAUUGCGCAAAGUUAUCGGGCUGAGCAAAGCCGAACCCGUCGUCAUCUCGCAGAGUACAGCCACGUAGAGGCUGAAUGUCCAUUCAUUACGUUUGACGAAUUGCUGGACCGCUUGGAGGAUCUAGUGGUGGAUGUUGUCGAUCGAGUCUUGAAAUCACCGUGGGGUUACUUGGUAAAGGAACUCAACCCGAACUUCGUUCCUCCAAAGCGACCAUUCCGUCGUAUGAACUAUGCUGAUGCAAUUGUUUGGUUGAAGGAAAACAACGUCACCAAGGACGACGGAAGUUUCUACGAGUUUGGAGAAGAUAUUCCGGAAGCGCCGGAGCGUAAAAUGACGGACACUAUUAAUGAGCCAAUAAUGCUGUGUCGGUUCCCAGCGGAGAUCAAAUCAUUCUACAUGGCGAAAUGCCCGGAGGAUCGUCGGUUGACCGAAAGUGUUGACGUUUUGUUACCAAACGUGGGCGAAAUUGUCGGCGGUUCGAUGAGGUCCUGGGAUCAUGAAGAGCUGAUGGAAGGCUACAAACGUGAGGGAAUCGAUCCGAAACCUUACUACUGGUACAUCGAUCAACGGGUGUAUGGUUCCCAGCCUCACGGUGGAUACGGUUUGGGGUUGGAACGGUUCAUGUGCUGGCUGCUCAACCGUUAUCAUAUUCGUGAAGUAUGUCUCUAUCCCAGAUUCUUGGAUAGAUGCACCCCCUAAACACUCGUAUUGUGUUGUUGGUAUUUUAAUCUCGUCAGCGUACAGAAUUAUUACAUUUAUCUAUCGUAAAUCGCAUUUAAAGCAUAAUAAAGCUUCGCGCUAUGCAUAAUAAUGUAAAAA